ACUUCCGUUUCCGCUACGUCACGGCCGCACAAAACUGAUGUUGGUUUUUACUGACACAGAAAAGAUGAAUACAUUGACACCUGGUAAAACUCUCUCUGGAGAAUAAUUUAAUUUGCUUAUCCCGACCUGCGUGCCCGACUACGCAAAAUAAAAUCGGGGGUUUUCAUCCUUCGUCCACAUCGACAUGAACAACUUGGACAUGUUUGCAUUGAGUGGAGUGAGCUUACCAAGUGCGCAGAGGGUCUUAUUAUCGCGGUAGCUAACGUUAGCCCUUCAAAGCUGCUGUCUGUGGCCCUCUUUGGCUCCAUCUCACGCAGGACUGGUGCUUUGAAUCAGCUGAGGUAACUUGCAAUUAUUCUUUGAUUUAUAAAUGAAUGCGAAACAUUCCAUUGCUUGGUUUAGCCAUAAAACGGAGUAAGCAGAUUAUGCUAUUACAGGCUGUAUGGAUGUGAGGGGUGCACAGCGCAGAUGUGGUCACUUUGCUAAGUUGCUGGAUAGAUUUUAUGUUGCAUGCACAACAUGUGGUCUGAUCGCAGAGUGCUUCCCUCACAACUUUACUUUGGAAAUCAGAAACGGGAAGUGCCAAGACCAAUAUAAAGCAAAGACCAACACAAAAGGGUGUCUACUGAUGCUCAUGAAUUAAUGACUUGCAAAUGCAACGGGUGAAAUCACUCCUCUCAAGCCUGUAUUUACAAGUAACAAAGCUUUUCGUCAUACUGAUGUGCAAGACAGCAGUAGGGGAGAGUGGGGUAAGAUGAGCCAUUUUUCAUAUUUCAGAUCACUACAUCAAGGCAAUCAUUAUUUUUUCUCUACCUAGUGUAUCUGCAUAUAUUUCAAGAUGUUGUCCAUCCCUGCAAACCAAAAGAAAGAGUGUAAACAUAAGUGUCUUGAUAACAUAGCAUGCAAAAAAAGUGGUCUCCUAUGGUCAACUCACCCCAUACACGGGGUAAGUUGACCAUAGGAGCGGGAUAAGUUGAGCCGUAUCCCUACGACCCCCCACUCUCCACCCCAACCCUCCCUCACCUUCUCUCUCCCUAAAUAACAGUCACUUCUUGACAUUCAUGUGUAAUUUUAUCUAUUAUAUUCAACUGAUACAAUAAUUCUUUUUAUUAUUGUUGCAUAUAACUGCUAAAGAGCUGUUUUGUAAAAAGCCAUUUUAACAUGAGAAUGUCUGUAAGUGAUUCAGAACAUUCACAGCUGUGUUUUUGAAAAGAAAAAGUAACACAUUUCAACAAUCUGAACUGAAACUCUGAUCCUCUCAUCAGACUCCUUUACUUUCUCACUUACCCCAGAACUACUAUUAUGACUUAACUAGUCCUCUAAGAUAAAAUGGUGGACUUUUAUUCUAGGUUUUUGACCUCUUGUUGUAGCUCAUAGAUACCACAAUUGAUGUAUAAAACAAAUUAAAAAUGAUCUUUUUUGGUCUGAACACAAUUCUAAUAAAACUUAUGACAGACUAAAUUCACUUCCAAGAGUGAAAAAUGUUUUUGUGGAAAUAAAUGUCUAACCCCUUUACCCAUGUGCUUCUAAGCAUCACAGACUCCAUGAAUUGAUGCCCAUCUCCUCAAUAUUUGGUCACAUGAUCAAUUUCUUUUACCAUUUCCAAGCAACAGGGGGUGGAUCAACUUACCCUUUGGCUCAACUUACCCCACUCUCCCCUACAGUAAAAUUGUGAUGGUACCCUUGAGCAAAAUACUAUGAAUAUAAACUCUUAUAGACUAAUGUUAGACGUGAUAACUCAUUCUAAACAUGAAGAUCAUGUCAUAAAUGGAUUAACAAGAGCCUACUACAAUGUGAUUUACAUAUAAUGAGAGACACAAAGUUCAAACUUGUCCUUUAGAGUUGAAACUUUCCAUCUUUUCCUCUUUUCAGCCAUCUUAUACAAGUUUCCUGAACAUUAUCCUGAUACAUGUUUUUGAUUUCUUUUCACAAAGAUUCAGCACCAUGCAUCUCUUACGUCUAUUAUGCCGCCACAAGACAGCCCUGGUCAUCGGCACUGUAUGCAGCUUUGCCGUAGUCUUGGUCUUCUUGGCCAAAUGUACCUCGGAAACUCUGAAACAGGGUCACCAGGAUCCUCCAGGUCUCGCCCCUCGCGCUAAUGUGUUGCAGUCGCGCCCAGAGCACCACAAUCCUCCUUCUACAACCAAAGACUUGUCAGCUUUUCUGGUGGUCCUCAUUACAACUGGACCAAAGUACACAGAGAGGAGGAGUAUCAUCCGCAGCACCUGGCUGGCCAAACGGGACUCUGAUGUUCUGGCGAUGUUUGUGGUGGGAACUCAGGGGCUUCCCACUGAGGACCUUCAGAACUUGAACACAGAGCAGGGGAGGCAUAAGGACCUACUCUUGCUGCCUGACUUGAGAGAUUCUUAUGAGAACUUGACACUAAAGCUGCUGCACAUGUACUCCUGGCUUGACCAGAAUGUGGAGUUUAAGUUUGUCCUCAAAGCAGACGAUGAUACUUUUGCUCGCUUGGACCUGCUCAAGGAGGAGCUGAAGGCGAAAGAACCCAGCCGGUUGUACUGGGGCUUCUUUUCAGGAAGGGGGCGAGUAAAAACAGCCGGUAAGUGGAGGGAGAGCGCUUGGGAACUCUGUGACUACUACUUACCCUACGCCCUGGGUGGGGGCUACAUCCUCUCCGCAGAUCUGGUACAUUAUAUUUACAUUAAUGUAGGAUACCUUAAGACUUGGCAGAGCGAGGAUGUGUCACUGGGUGCCUGGCUGGCACCAGUGGAUGUGAAAAGGACACACGACCCACGUUUUGACACAGAAUACAAAUCGCGCGGUUGCAACAACAAAUACUUGGUGACGCAUAAGCAGAGUUUGGAGGACAUGUUGGAGAAACACCAGACUCUACAACGUGACGGCAGGCUCUGCAAGGAAGAAGUCAAGCUGCGAUUGUCCUAUGUGUAUGACUGGAGUGUCCCCCCCUCGCAGUGCUGUCAGAGGAAAGAUGGCAUUCCUUGAAUACUGUCCUUCCUGUGAGACUGUAUUUGCCUUCUGUUUCAUACCUUCCUCAUUUGGCAAACUUGAUAGACAAUGAUUGUCAACAAAGUGUCUGUUGGGAUAAUAUUUAAAGUUGUGUAUAAUGGGUCCCAGGUGUUAGGAUAGAUGUCAUGAAAUGAGAAAACUACAUUUCAGAUUUGUAAAACCAUUUUUUGGGAUUGUGAAAAAACCCAGUAACUAUGCUUUUUUUAUGUCAAUAAACCAAGCGCAGGCCAAGCUCAAGCUUCUUUUUUUUUUCUACUGUAACCCCUUUAAACUGUUUUAUUUUAACUGUUUCUAUGGCUGUUUAGAAUAGACUGGAAGAAGCUGAGUAUAAUUUAAGCUAGUGGGCUUCAUGAAAGAAAAGCCAAUACAUCACUUUAACCUAAAAAUGUGCUUCAACAGUGUUUAGUGUUCAGUUCAGGUCUGACUUUUUUUUUACCUUAUCCUGAUCUACUGUGAUGUGGACAGAGAACAAGUACCUGAGUGACAUUUGUUUCUGUAUUAAAGAUAAUCCAGUUUGUUAAAGCAUUAAAGCUUCUGCCAUGAUGUCCAACCAGUUUUGCAACUUUAAACAUAAAAAAAUGGUAACUUUGUUGUGUAUAUGUAAACAUUUUUUUAACAAGUGUCCCAUACUGCUUUCUGACAUUUAUAACAUUUAGCCCGCCAUGAAAAUCUGUGUCAAAAUGCUCCAUAAAGGCAUUCAUUUGACACCUCCCCCUUUUCAGCAUUUUUUGCAAUCAAGAAUUCCAAUAUAGAAAUGAUCUAUGUUACAGGGGAUGGUCUAAUUUUGUUAAUCAAGAAAAAAAAAGACAUCAGCAUGAGUUUCAGUCUAAGUCAUAACAAGCCAAAAACUUCUCACAGGAGCUUUAACUGAUUAAUAAAAACACAGCUCAGCCAUUAUCCCCUUUGGCCCACUAUUUGGAAUCAUCCUUGUUUAGUACAUAUAGACCCUCCUCCUUGUACUUGCUACUCCUGCUGUUGUUAUAUCUAAGCUGCUUUUUUGUUGUUGUUGUUGUUGUUUUUUAACAAUUCUGUGAAAUAUAUCAGGGGUAUUUCAUUGUAAAAAAACAAAACACUAUACAGACACCGACACACAGGAGUUUACCCUGCUGUUACCUUUUUUUGUGAAACUCGUCUUUUUUUGUAUUCUUAUUUAUUGUUAAUUUAUUCUGCUGCAAAUUCAAUUCACUGGUACUGUUUUGGGACAGAAGCACAGGAACUGUUGACUUUUUCAGUGGCAAACCUUUGUUUACAACUAAUUCACAAGUUUCAAUUAUCCAUCAGGCCUUCUAAUUCAUUAUACUGGAUUUUAUGUGUGGAACUUUACAUGACAGAGGUGAAGUUUGAGGUCUGUACAUUAUUCAAGCCGAUGUAUCAAGUUUUUUGGUAAAGACUGUUUUCAGUAGGUCACUCAUUCAGAUGGGAGACUUGCUUUGGUUGGCACUUGGUCACUUUUUAAAGCCGAAAAAGAAUAUUAAGGUGCAUUAAUGUUAUGAUAUUUACAUUUUUUUACCCAUUGACUUGUAACUUUCCCUUGAUUUCAAUAGCUGUGUCCCAAAAUUUGUGAAUUGUGUACAGCUCUGAUCCAAGGGUGUAACUUACUGCAGCAAAAGAAAAAAAAAAAAGAGAAAAAUGUGAUUUUUUUUGGUCUUUUUUUUGUGAAUACUGUCAUCUUUUUAAUAUGAGCUGAUGAUGAUUUGAUACAUCCCCAUUUUCGGUGUUUGUUUUUCAUAUAUGGUCAGCCUCUGUCAAUGUUUUAAUAAAAAGUCUAAAUGUA